AUGGUCUAUAACGCACAUUGUGCUUGGUCAGAAGAUCCACAAUGCAAUGGCUGGCACCCGCCCUUGGAGGAGAAGACGAAGAUUAUGGACUACCUCAGGAACUCACAAUGUAACAAAGACUUUAUUGACUGGCACAAGAAUCACCCUGAACCAUGGACCUGGUCCGAGCGAGCCUACAAUGGCUGGAGCCCAGAGACCGUUGAUUUUGGUGAUAUUGCGACUGCAACCAGAGGCGUUGGUUGUUGUGGUCAAUGCGAGAUUUAUGGUGGAGGCUUGAUUGAUGUUUAUUACUUUCCAGUUUCAGGCGCCAAUAGUGAAUGUCUCAAGACGAUCGGAACCCAAAGUAUCAACUGGGAGACUAAUCUUUACAUCACGGAUGCAAGGGGAUACCCGUACUACCAACAGCAGUCAAAUCCCUGGGCUGGCUACACGGGCCAGGAUGAUGAAGACCAAAUCCAGACAAAGACGGCAGGCUUCACGCCUUUAGAAAAAGGCAUUGGUUCAACUGUCGGAACCCACCCAUCCAGCGCACGCAUUACUCCAGGCCCGAAAAUCCGACGUGAGCGCAGAGAUCUUCCAGCCAAAAAUGGCACCGCCAAAAGUGACCAAGAAGGCGUCGAGGUAGCUGACAUCAGAGGAUUCAAAUGCACCUCCCCCUCAAUCUGCGUCGGCUUCUCCUCCAUCUUCGCCCACGACGCCUGUGGCGGGCGUUCCUCCCUCGGCCAAAUCGCCGAAACAAUCCCCUACACAAUCAUCCCCUUCGCGCCAGGCGAGCUCUCCACAGUCGCAAAACCGCUCUGGGACCGCCCGGACGAAGUCCUCCCAGCCAGUCUCAUCAAACCGUUCAACCUCGCGGAUCUGCCCUGCCCGCCCAUGGACGUCAUGCUUUCCGCGCAGUACAAGCCCGCGCCAGGCGUACCUUACCGCCCUGUCCUCGCGCCGCCGAAGAAACUUAGCGAUGCUGUGCCGGGCUGGUCGAAGUGCGUGUUGUCGCAGGCUUCGUUUGCGGGGAUCGAUCCGCCGAGGACGUUGGUGCCGAUGAAGGUGGUGGCUGCGGAGCCCACGGGCGAGCCUAGUGCCAUUGCUGAUAAUGUUGAUCCGAAGGGGACUGAGGCUGCGGCGCCGGGUGAUGUCCCUAAGGAUGGGUCUGCGAAGCCGACUUCGUCACCAGACACGUCGACAGGGAAUCAAGGAGGUGCUAAGCCUGCAGGAAACGGUGAUCCUGGGGAUACUACUGGUCAAGCUGUGCAAGGUGGUGCUACUGAGGGUACUGCUGGUAAUACUGCUGAUACUGGCAAUACUGAUACUGGCAAUACUGGCAAUACUGGCAAUACUGGCAAUACUGGCAAUACUGGCAAUACUGGCAAUACUGGCAAUACUGGCAAUACUGGCAAUACUGGCAAUACUGUACCAGAGCCUGAUCACCUCAAUCCUAUCUUCCAGCAAUCGGACAAUGGACCUUCCCAAGCGACUACACCCCAACAACAACCGCAGUCAGGAGGCACAAUUGAGCAGCCAGAAGGCGGCGAUUCUGGUUCAAAAGACGAUGGUGCAACACAAAACAAGGUCAACACACCUACAGACCAGAAUCCGACUUCGAACCAGUCGCCUCAAAAUCAAGAUUCACCGUCUCAGGAUUCCCCUCAAAAGGCCAGUGAUCCCUCGCAAGAAGUUCAACAAGGGCAACAGACGACAGCAGUCGAUCAAUAUCCUCCCACCUUCCAUGAUCCGUCAAAUGCUUCUCCAGAAUCUAUGGAUCAGUUACACGCGGCACUGAGCCCUGGCACGAAUCCGCAAGGGAACUCGGGUAAUGUGCCGCAAGGUACUAAUGACGGAUCUAUGGGGCAGAGUCAGCAGCCAAGCAAGGACCCCGCAGUACAGCAGAAAGAAGCUACCUCAAUCGGUCAAGAGGCAGCCCCUGCUGGCAAUGGCCAAAAUCCAGAAAGCGGUACAAAUCAAGCGAAUGGAUCUGAGCAAGAGCAAAGACCGUCAGCACAGAAUGAAGACGGCCAGUCAUCUUCUGGCAAUUCUCCUGGGCAGAACGCACCAAAUACCUUUUCAAGCCCAGCGCAAAAUGGCAACUCCCCGACUACUGGAAAUAAGGCGCCUGGAGGUCAGCAAAGUCCUGGAAAUGGAGACCCUGGAAAAUCCUCGUCGAGCAUAUCUGGUUCUGACGAAGAAGAGCCCAGCGACUCCAACCCACAAGGUUCUGCAAACCAAGCCUCAUCUCAAAAUUUCAACCAAGAUUCCGGCGGACAAGGAACCCAAAGCACUGCACAGACCUCAAAUGACUCUACAAACGAUACUCCAGACCAAGAUCCCAAGCUCGGCCCAAAUCAAAACACACCCCUCCCCUCCAACGCGAUCUCCAUAGCAGGCACAACACUAACGCCCGGCUCUGCCCCCGUUACAGCUGCCAACGGCGCCGUUAUAUCCCUCUAUCCCUCCAACCGUGUCGGUGGGGGUGGGCUGGUGAUAGGUUCACUGACCGUGCCUGUGGCGAGUAUCACUGCUGCUGCUGCUGCAAAUGAAAACAUAGGCGCUGGGGAUGCUAGUAUCGGAAGCGAGACCAACGCAGCUAUAAACGGCGGAUUCACCACCCUGCCCGCUACCACUGUUUCCGCUAUCGUAAGCGCUGGCGUGACACUUAUGCCUGCUGUGACGAGGAGCGCGAGUGUUGUGCGCGUUGGUGCUGGGGGUGAGAGAACAGGGAUGGGGGUAGGGGCACUCACCAUCCCAGCAACCACAAUCCCCCCCAUCGUCAGCGCUGGCAUCACGCUCACCCCCGCAUCAACCAGAAGCAAAACGGUUGUCGGGUUUACGCUUCUGGGGGGCGGGGGCGGGGGCGGUAAUGGUACGGCUACCGCUACAUCUGGGUUUAAUGCUAGUGCGAGUGCUGGUGGUGGGGGAGGAGGUGGGGGAAACAGCACAGCGACGGGGGCGGAGACGGGGACGGGAAGUGUGUACAACGGGAGUAAUAAUGGUGGUGCAGGAGCAACAGGGACGGGGGCGGGGGCGGGGGCGGUCAUAGGGGGUGGUAAUACGCGAAACCGCGGUGAUGUUGGAGCAUUGAUGCUGGCGAUGCUGGUGCUGGUUUUAAUCUGUGAGAUAGCUUAG